GGGCGAGCAGCCCAAGACAUGAUUCUUGGCUGAGUGUAAGGAUACCGAAGAGGUACCAGGGAUUCCCAGAUAUUGACCAAGGGACUAGCUGAGCACGAGGAAGCCCCAGAGAAAAAGACUCUGGCCUGAACCGGGUCGAAUUAAGCGCUUCUCUCUGCUCUGUACCAAAAUGACAGCGCCGAUAUGGCAGCCAUCUUGGUAUAGACGGGAAGUCUCCGCGCUAGUUCCCGCCCCCUCGUCUAGUUGGAAACGGAGGAGGCGGUCUCCUCGGCCCUGUUAGCGGGCCUCGCCCAACCUCCCCUCAAAUAACCUCCACGCCCGCGCGUGCGCGCCAGAGCAGGGCGGCUCGGCCGCCACCAGAGUGCCACCAUAUUGGUAAAGGUAUCGGGACCGAGGUGGAACGGAACUUCCUGCUCUCGCGGGAGCCAGGGGUGGGACUGCCACGUCCAAGCAAACCGGGAAAGGAGAGGAUCCCGAAGCCGCGUGAUGGCCAGAGGCCUGGGGGCCCCCCACUGGGUGGCCGUGGGACUGCUGACCUGGGCGGCCUUGGGGCUGCUAGUGGCCGGACACGGGGGUCAUGGCGACCUGCACGAGGACCUGCACGAGGACUUCCAUGGCCACAGCCACAGGCGCUCACCUGAGGAUUUCCACCAUGGACACAGUCAUGCUCAUGGCCAUGGCCACACUCACGAGAGCAUCUGGCACGGGCAUACCCACGGUCACGAACAUGGACAUUCACAUGAGGAUUUGCACCAUGGCCAUAGCCAUGGCCAAUCACAUGAGAGCCUCUACCACAGAGGACAUGGACAUGACCAUGAGCACAGCCAUGGAGGCAAUGGGGAGUCUGGGGCUCCAGGCAUCAAGCAGGACCUGGACACUGUCACUCUCUGGGCUUAUGCACUGGGGGCCACCAUUCUGAUCUCUGCAGCUCCAUUUUUUGUCCUCUUUCUUAUCCCUGUGGAAUCAAACUCCCCCCGGCACCGCUCUCUGCUCCAGAUCUUACUCAGUUUUGCUUCGGGUGGGCUCUUGGGAGAUGCGUUUCUGCACCUUAUCCCUCACGCCCUGGAACCUCAUUCUCACCACCCUCUGGAGCAGCCUGGGCAUGGACACUCUCACAGUGGCCAGGGCCCCAUUCUGUCUGUGGGACUGUGGGUCCUCAGUGGAAUUGUUGCCUUUCUUGUGGUGGAGAAAUUUGUGAGACAUGUGAAAGGAGGACAUGGACACAGUCAUGGACAUGGACACACUCAUGGUCACACACAGGGAAGUCAUGGGCAUGGAAAACAGGAGCGUACUUCAAAGGAGAAACAGAGCUCAGAGGAGGAAGAAAAGGAAGCAGGUGGGUCUCGGAAGAGGAGAGGAGGAAGCACAGGGCUCAAAGAUGGGCCAGUGAGACCUCAGAAUUCUGGAGAAGAAAAAACAGGUUCAGACCUACGUGUAUCAGGGUACCUGAAUCUGGCUGCUGACCUGGCACACAACUUCACAGAUGGUCUGGCCAUUGGUGCUUCAUUUAGAGGAGGUCGGGGGCUAGGGAUCCUGACCACGAUGACUGUCCUGCUACACGAAGUGCCCCAUGAAGUCGGGGACUUUGCCAUCCUGGUUCAGUCUGGGUGCAGCAAAAAGCAGGCGAUGCGUCUACAACUCCUGACAGCAAUAGGGGCGCUGGCAGGCACAGCCUGUGCCCUCCUAACUGAAGGAGGGGCAGUGGGCAGUGAAGUUGCAGGUGGUACAGGUCCUGGCUGGAUUCUGCCAUUCACUGCAGGUGGCUUUAUCUACGUAGCAACGGUGUCCGUGUUGCCUGAGCUGUUGAGGGAGGCAUCACCAUUGCAGUCACUUCUGGAGGUGUUGGGGCUGCUGGGGGGAGUUGUCAUGAUGGUGCUGAUAGCCCACCUCGAGUGAGAGGUGGGGUAAACCGCCCCCACCCCAGCCCCAAACCUCUGGCCUCUUAAGUCCUCCAGGUCAGGGGUCUGUGGAGGUUGGGGGCCCUGGCCAGAGACAUCUGCCAAAGGAAGUUGUAUCCUAGGGAAGUGGUGACUUUGGCAUUAGGGCCAUCAAGAUUUUGCAGUCUUACAGGAGCUGCAGAAGGGAGAGUGAGAAGUCAGAGGGACCAUAGUGUUAAGUCAUGUGCUGACCAUGUUGUUGGGUUUGGGGGCUAAAUGGGGCCAUGAAGAAGGCUGGAAAAGAGAGGGGUUGAUGACAGCCUAUGCCGUGUACCCUACCCAACCUGUUUUCAGAGGACCAAGCUACCGCACACAGAUUUCUUCCAAGGUCCGCCUCCUCCUCCCACCUGUUGGUGGAAGCUUCAGGGAAGACCAGAGCCCUGGACAGAGGGGGUAGCAGGAAGAGCUGUGGAUGUACAUCAAUUAAACAUCAAUCGUGUGUCCUGAUUUGGGAGUGAUUGAGGGGGGAGGUGGGUUGCUAAUCUCCUGGCCUGAUUUUUUUUUUUCCUAUUCUUUUGAUAUCACUGUUUGAAUCGAGGGGUAGGGGUGGUGACCGGAAAUAAAGUCCUCGGAUCUUUCGCCCCA